CGCAGUACUUUGAGGACGGAGACGGGGACCGACUGUGUCGUGGCUUCGUAACAAGCUUUGGAACCUUAAUAAGUUAGGGUUUAGAGAAGUCAGGUCUCGCAUCCCAGGAUCGCAAACCUUGUGGAAGAGCGCUCUGGUGUUGUUUCCUUGUCCAUCACUUCACUUAUUUUCUCUUCCAAUUCUCGGAGGAGCCGUGUUAUGUUAUUAUUGCUGGUGGUGGUGGGAGGGUUGUAUGCGAUCAUUCGGAGGGGUGUUUUUGCUCUGCGCAUCGUGUUUGUUCGAUAGGACGGAGGAAGGGUUGCAAGGGGUGAGGAAGAAACACAACGUAAAAGAAGUGGUGGUGGAGGAGUUCUCGGUACCAUCAUGACGGUGGUGAGCACGGCGAGCGGCCUGCUGGCCAUGCUGCAGGAGUCGCAUCCCACGCUGAAGUUGCAUGCGCUCAAGAAUCUGAAUGUGCUGGUGGACAAUUUUUGGCCGGAGAUAUCAACCAACAUCUCGGCGAUUGAGUCUUUGUAUGAGGACGAUACGUUUUACGAGCGUCAGUUGGCCGCGUUGGUGGCGUCCAAGGUGUUCUACUACUUAGGAGAGCUCAAUGACUCGCUCACGUAUGCUUUGGGGGCUGGACCGCUGUUCGAUGUGUCGGAGGACACGGAGUAUGUGCAGACGCUCGUGACCAAAUGUGUGGAUGAGUAUAUAUUGCUUAGCGUGAAGGCGGCCGAAUCGAAUGAGUCGGAAAAGACUGCCUUAGAUCCCCGGUUGGUCGCGAUUGUCGAGCGGAUGCUGGAUAAGUGUAUGCAGGAUGGUAAAUUUCAGCAGGCUGUUGGGGUUGCGUUGGAGUGCAGGCGACUUGAUAAGCUAGAAGAAUCGAUUAUUAGGAGUGAGAACGCUUCUGCCAUGCUCUCGUACUGCCUUCGUUUGUCUCAGACAUUUGUAAGUAGGCGUGAAUUUCGACAUGAAGUUUUGCGACUUUUGGUUAAAAGCUAUCAAGGGCUUCAGCAGCCUGACUAUUUAAGCAUAUGUCAGUGCCUUAUGUUCUUGGAUGAGCCAGCUGAUGUUGCUGCUAUUUUGGACAAGCUUUUGAAAGGGGAUAAAAGCGAAGCAUUAUUGGCGUACCAGAUAGCCUUCGACUUAUUUGAAAAUGAGUAUCAGAAAUUUCUUUUGAAUGUAAGGGACCUUUUGCCUGAAUCAACGAGUGCUUCUAGCUCCGCCCCACUGAGCGUUACGAAUGGAGGGUUAAUCCAGGGAACCCGUGGAAAUGGAAUCAGUGCCAUGACGGAUGGUGGUCCUACGGCCAUGGACUCUGAUCUGACGGAGCCAUUGUUGGGAAGUUAUGCAGCAGAGGAAUCUGCUGAUGUUUCAGCACCACCGGUAGAAGAAAGGACAUCGUAUACCGAGAGGUUAACGAAAUUGAAAGGUAUCUUGUCCGGAGAGACUCCUAUUAGUUUGACUUUGCAGUUUCUUUAUAGUCACAAUAGGUCAGAUCUUUUGAUACUGAAGACCAUUAAACAGUCUGUGGAGAUGCGGAAUAGCGUUUGCCACAGUGCAACUAUUUAUUCUAAUGCCCUCAUGCAUGCGGGUACCACGGUUGAUACUUUCUUGCGAGAGAACUUAGACUGGCUGAAGAGAGCUACAAAUUGGGCAAAGUUUAGUGCCACAGCUGGACUAGGUGUUAUUCAUCGGGGUCACCAUCAACAAGGAAGAUCCUUGAUGGCCCCUUACCUACCACAGAAUGGAGGAACUGGUGGUGGAAGUCCUUAUUCUGAGGGAGGAGCUUUGUAUGCUCUAGGGUUGAUCCAUGCUAAUCACGGUGAGGGUAUCAAACAGUUUCUGUUGGAAAGUUUGCGAAAUACAAGUAAUGAAGUAAUUCAACACGGAGCUUGCUUGGGGUUAGGCCUAGCAGCUCUUGGCACAGCUGAUGAGGAAAUCUAUGAAGAUGUGAAAAAUGUCCUUUAUACCGAUAGUGCUGUAGCAGGGGAAGCAGCUGGUAUAGCCAUGGGGUUGCUGAUGGUUGGUACAGCCAGUGAAAAAGCAACAGAAAUGUUGGCGUAUGCACAUGAUACACAGCACGAGAAGAUUAUUCGUGGUUUGGCUCUCGGUAUUGCACUGGUUGUGUAUGGACGCGAAGAGGAGGCAGACACACUAAUCGAGCAAAUGACCAGGGACCAGGAUCCUAUUUUGCGUUAUGGUGGUAUGUAUGCCCUGGCCAUGGCGUAUCGCGGCACUGCUAAUAACAGUGCGAUCCGGCGGUUACUGCAUUUUGCGGUCUCGGAUGUUAGUGACGACGUAAGGAGGACCGCAGUUUUGGCGUUAGGGUUUGUUCUCUGUUCAGAACCUGAACAGACUCCUCGAAUUGUAUCUUUGCUCUCGGAGUCUUACAAUGCGCAUGUAAGGUAUGGGGCAGCAAUGGCUGUAGGUAUUUCAUGCGCUGGUUCAGGUUCUAGUGAAGCUAUCUCCUUGUUGGAGCCUCUUACAUCCGAUGCAGUAGAUUUUGUUCGUCAGGGUGCGCUCAUAGCUAUGGCUAUGGUUCUUCUUCAAACGACGGAGGCACGAGAGCCACGCGUGGCUACUUUCAGGAGACAACUUGAGAAAAUUAUCAAUGACAAGCAUGAAGAGACCAUGAGCAAGAUGGGAGCUAUCCUUGCGCAGGGAAUUUUAGAUGCAGGAGGUCGGAAUGUUGCUAUCAUGUUGCAGUCUCGUACAGGGCAUGACCGUGUGACUGCUGUUGUGGGAAUGGCCGUUUUUAGCCAGUUUUGGUACUGGUAUCCACUGAUUUACUUCAUCAGUUUGUCGUUCGCCCCUACAGCUUUCAUAGGUUUGAAUGAAGAACUAAGAAUGCCGAAGUUCAACUUUGUUUCUGAAACUAAGCCAUCCCUUUUCGGAUAUCCUCCCUCUGUGGCUCCUCCUGCUGCCACCUCUGCUGUGAAGCUGCCGACUGCUGUCCUUUCCACUUCCAACCGAGCCAAAGUCAGAGGUGCGAAGAGGGAAGCAGAAGCUAAAGCCAGCAAGGCUACCGGUCAUGAAGCUGGUGCAGGUUCGUCUUCCUCCAAAGCUGAAGGGCUGGUGGAUGGUGAUAAAGAUUCUACUCAUGCAGCCAAAGACGAGAAUGCAAUGGAUGUAGAUGGUGGAACACAGAAGAAGGCUGUCGUUGUAGAGCCCUCGUCAGAAGUUUUGAGCAACCCUGCACGUGUGGUGCCUGCGCAAGAGAAAUUCAUCAAGUUCAGAGAAGACUCAAGAUAUGCACCUUUGAAGUUGAAGCGAGCUCCUUCGGGCUUUGUGAUGUUGAGAGAUUUGACACCUUCGGAACCAGUAGAGCUGGUAUCCACAGACACGCCUUUGUCUGCAGGUGGUGCAGGAACAGCGCAUGCUAAUACCAAUGCCACAGCUAUAGCUGUGGAGGAUAAUGAACCUCCUCCCCCUGAGCCUUUUGAAUAUGUUCCUUGAAAGGCUGAGUCGUUUUUACCUUAGUCGAUAAAUGCAUGUACUUUUCCUACACAUGCCUACAGUUAAUACCAGUCUCAAAUGUUUAUAUACCAUCAAAUUCUUUACUGUUCAUUCAACCACAGAUAUCCUUUCAGUGAUUGUUGUUUAGUUAAAUUCAUUUGUAAUCAUAAGAUGGUAUUUUAAUACCUAGGAGUUUCAGGGCAA